UCAGUACCCGCUGAGAGUAUUAUCGGUGGAGGUGGGGUGUCCUCUUCCCCAUUGGGUACUUGGGUUGGAGUAUUUGACCUUCCCUUUUCUCCUGUCCUGUUAUUAGUAACUUGGUUAAUUUCAACGGUAUGACGAGCACUGCGGCUUGGUAGUGGACAUGCAGCCCCAGGAGCGACAGUUGUAUGUUUCUGAGAGAGCGUUGCAUCACAACCACAUGCCACUGCAUUCUCCUCCCGUAAUUUAUUUCUAAGAGGACUGUGCCUUGUUGGCAAGAUUUUUACAUAGGCGUGUGUGUGUGUGUGUGUGUGUGAAGCCUAUAGCUUUUCUUUCUUGGUCAGGUUUUUAAGCCGAUAAAUAGGAUUCCAAAGGAAACCAAUUGUAUCGAAACAGUUAUCUAUUUGUAUAAACUCCCCAGUGUAUGAUACAGUGCUUUAAAAUUAACUUUCUUAAGCAAAAUCUACCGGGGAGUCUAUAACUCCUGAAAUUUAAAAGUAACGAUUAGUACACAUUCCUUCGACAAUUAAGUAAAAACGAAAACCUUCGGUGUCUGUGGUGGUUAAAGUCGCAGGUACUGCUAAUAUUUUAAUGGUUUAUUGCCCACAGUCGUAAUUGAUGGCUGUGCUAAAUUUCAGUUAUAGGAUAGUGAAAAUAAAGAUGUCACUUUAUUUCAUGCUAAGAAUCCUUGCUUCCGAGCGAGUGUGACAACACCUGAAUUAAUCGUCUUAAAGAUGCCCAAAGGCUUUGGGCUCCAGUCCUGUAAUUGUUUAAGGCAGAGUUAAGGACAGCAUUUAAGUGGGAUUGCUACAGCAAGAGUAUCUACUUUUUAUAAUUAGUUAUAUGUGGCAACGUACACAUUAUGAAUUUAUGAAGGAAACUUACACGUUGUGGAGAUUUAUUCCGCAUCAUUACACUUUUAAGAUCUUUGCCAGUUUCUGGGUUUAUGUUGAUUCAUUAACGUCAGAUAUAUUUUUAACACGUUUCAGAACUGUGGAACCUCUGGAGUAUUACAGGAGAUUUUUGAAAGAGAACUGCCGUCCUGAUGGAAGAGAACUUGGUGAAUUCAGAACCACAACUGUUAACAUAGGUUCAAUUAGUACUGCUGAUGGUUCUGCUCUAGUGAAGCUGGGAAAUACUGCAGUGAUUUGUGGAAUUAAAGCGGAAUUUGCAGCACCCCCAACAGAUGCCCCUGAUAAAGGAUAUGUUGUUCCUAAUGUGGAUCUACCACCUCUGUGUUCAUCGAGAUUUCGGUCUGGACCUCCUGGAGAAGAGGCCCAAGUGGCUAGCCAGUUCAUUGCAGAUAUCAUUGAAAAUUCACAGAUAAUUCAGAAAGAGGACUUAUGCAUUUCUCCAGGAAAGCUUGCUUGGGUUCUAUACUGUGAUCUCAUUUGCCUCGACUAUGAUGGAAAUAUUUUGGAUGCCUGUACAUUUGCUUUGUUGGCAGCUUUAAAAAAUGGUGGAAGUGGGCUGACUGGAGCUAAACUUCAGGACUGUAUGAGCCGAGCAGUUACAAGACACAAAGAAGUAAAAAAACUGAUGGAUGAAAUAAUUAAGAGUAUGAAACCCAAAUAACCACAUUUUCAAAAUAUAUUUGUAAAAACUGUAUUUGUUACACUGUGCACAAAUCUUUUAUACUAAAUAAAUAUCAAAUUACAUUCUUCCGAAA